AGAAGAAGGAGAUGACAGUUUUUACAGAAGUUGGGAGAGAGAGAGAGAGUACAGAUCUGUUUGACCAAAAGCCCUCUCACACAAAUCAGACGCAACAAAGAAUACAACACACCCAAUGGAAGGAGGAGGAGGAGCUGCUCCGCCUGCAGACACCGUUAUGUCGGAUGCAGCACCGCAUCCAGAACCCCAUCAGCCCCCGCCGGCCAUGGGGAUCGACAAUAUUCCGGCCACGCUCAGCCACGGUGGCAGGUUCAUCCAAUACAACAUAUUUGGGAACAUAUUCGAAGUCACCGCCAAAUACAAGCCACCCAUCAUGCCCAUCGGGAAAGGCGCAUACGGCAUCGUUUGCUCGGCUUUGAACUCGGAGACGAAUGAGCAUGUUGCUAUCAAGAAGAUUGCGAAUGCGUUUGACAACAAGAUUGACGCCAAGAGGACCCUCCGAGAAAUCAAGCUGCUUCGUCACAUGGAUCAUGAAAACGUGGUUGCAAUCAGGGAUAUAGUGCCACCACCUCAAAGGGAGGUGUUCAAUGAUGUUUACAUUGCUUAUGAGUUGAUGGACACUGACCUGCACCAAAUCAUUCGUUCAAAUCAAGCGUUAUCAGAGGAGCAUUGUCAGUAUUUUCUGUAUCAAAUUCUCCGGGGGUUGAAGUAUAUACAUUCUGCAAAUGUUCUGCACAGGGACUUAAAGCCUAGCAACCUUCUCCUGAAUGCAAACUGCGACUUAAAAAUUUGUGAUUUUGGACUGGCUCGAGUCACCUCUGAAACUGAUUUUAUGACUGAAUAUGUUGUUACAAGAUGGUACCGUGCACCAGAACUUCUGUUGAACUCUUCUGAUUACACAGCAGCAAUUGAUGUAUGGUCUGUUGGUUGUAUUUUCAUGGAACUGAUGGAUCGAAAGCCUUUGUUUCCUGGCAGAGAUCACGUGCAUCAGUUGCGUCUACUUAUGGAGCUGAUUGGCACCCCUUCAGAAGCUGAUUUGGGAUUUCUGAAUGAAAAUGCGAAGAGAUACAUUAGGCAACUGCCUCUUUACCUCCGUCAAUCUUUCCAAGAAAAGUUUCCACAUGUCCACCCUGAAGCUAUAGAUCUUGUUGAAAAAAUGUUAACUUUUGACCCUAGAAAAAGGAUUACCGUUGAAGAUGCACUGGCACACCCGUACUUAACGUCUCUGCAUGACAUCAGUGAUGAACCUGUGUGCAUGACUCCCUUUAGCUUUGACUUUGAACAACAUGCUUUGAGUGAGGAACAGAUGAAAGAACUGAUAUACCGAGAGGCUUUAGCAUUUAAUCCUGAGUAUCAGCAGUAGUGAUAGUGAUGUUGUCAUUGGAUUUGGAUCGUUUGAUGUCUGUGUCCAUAGAUCAAGGGAUGUCUUUGUGUAUAUAUCUAUCAUCUGAAACCAGGUGAUAUUGGAGUUGAAUUGUUUCCCUCAGAGGCAUGAUUGGUAGACUGGAACAAUCAUAAGGUGUUUGUAUUGGCUUAUUUGCUUCAUAUUAUUGUCCCAAUUCAUUGGCUUGAGCCAACUGAUAAAUCUUUCUCGGUCUCAAAUUUAUGAUCUUGUGGGUUUGAAA